AUGGAACAGCCACAACCUUCUCCUCGUCCUGGGGUUCUCAGGGACUCAGCAGCAGCAGCAGCAGCAGCAGCAGCAGCAGCAGCAGGAGACAAAACAAAGAGGAGACAGACCGAGCAGGAGCAGCAGCAGCAGCAGCAGCAGCAGCAGCAGCAGCAGCAGCAGCAGCAGCAGCAGCGCCUAGAGGUGCUGAUGAAGUCUAUCGUUAGCAACUUUGAAGCAUGGAGACAGCAGCAGCAGCAGCAGCAGCAGCAGCAGCAGCAACAGCAGCAGCAGCAGCAGCAGCAGCAGCUGCGGUCAAGGGCCCUUGAGGCCCGCAGCGCGGUGUUUGAGGAGGGACUGUCGCGGCUGAUGCAGUCCUUUGGGGGCAGCAGAGCGGAGACACCUGCUGCUGCUCCUGCUGCUGCUGCUGCUGCUGAGCAUGCAGGGUCUGCUGCAGCAACAGCAGCAACAGAAGCAGCAGCGCGACGAGAAGAAGCAGCAGAUGAGGGCCUGCUGUCUCCUCUCAGCUCAAGCACGGGGCCCCCAAGGGGCCUCCCGAAGCCGCCACAAGCUGCUAGCAGUGACAGAGCAGCAGCAGCAGCAGCAGCAGCAGCACAACAACCUGCUGCUGCUGCUGCUGCUGAUGAUGAUGAUGAUGAUGCAGGUAUGAGGUCCCCUGCCGCCAGGGACACGCGAAAACCACAGCCUCCAGCUGCAGCAGCAGCAGCAGCAAAAGCACCAGCAGCAGCAGCAGCAGCAACUCCUUCUCAUGCUAGUGAAACGCCAAGCAGAGAGAGGAGAAGCAGCUCUACCACGCCAACCCAGCAGCAGCAACAGCAACAGCAGCAGCAGCAGCAGCAGCAGCAGCAGAAACAGAAGCAGCAGUCUCUUGCGCCAGGGAAAGCGCCGCCUCGUGGGUCGGACUCCCCGGCGAGGUCAGCAGCAGCAGCAGCACCAGCAGCACCAGCAGCAGCAGCACCAGCAGCAGCAGGAGGGUGGGGGGACGCAGCACGAAUGGACAGCAGCAGCAGCAGCAGCAGCGUGAGCAGCUUCCUUGGGAGCAGGAGCAGCAGCAGUUCUAGUCUCACUUCUAGUCUCACGUCAGCAGCACCAAAAGCAGCAGCAGCAGCAGCAGCAACAGCAGCAGCAGCAGCAGCAGCAGAGCAGCAAAAAAGAAAAGGAGACACAGAAAAGAAAAGAGGAAAACUGAGGGCCUCUUGGGACCCCUUUGUUGACUCCAGCAGCUCAGGUGUCUCCUCACCUGCGGAGACACCCCGCUCUGCUGCUGCUGCUGCUGCUGCUGCAGCAGCAGCAGCAGCAGCAAACCACCACCAACACAAGCGAGAUAAACGCCAGUAUAGAUCUCUUUCUACACCUCAACACAAUCGGAGAGGAGACACUGCAGCAAGAGACAGUUCUCAGCAGGCUGCUGCUGCUGCUGCUGCUGCUGCUGCUGCUGCAGCAGCAGACAAGGCAAGCCACAGGAGGUCUCGUGCUGCUGCUCGUCAGGGCCGCCCGCAAGACACGGGGGACUUCAAUGGCAGCAACAGCAGCAGCAGCCGCAGCAGCAGCAGGAGCAGCAACAACAACAACGGCAGCAGCAGCAGCAGGAGGCAGCGACACGGGGGCUCUGCUCCACCGGGGAUCAAUCGGGGCGACAGCAUGCAGCAGCAGCAGCAGCAGCAGCAGCAGAGGUGGCAGCAGCAGCAGCAGCAGCAGCAGCAGCAGCAGGCGAUACCCUACGGUACUUGUGCCCUCAAUGGCACGAGUGUGAGCUGCAGCGAAGCGGUGAGGGUUAACCAGGCGUUGCUGCUGCAGCAGCAGCAGCAGCAGCAGCAGCUGCAGCAGUCUGGGGCGAAGCUAGAUGAGGAGAGUGCAGCAUUGGAGGUAGAAGAGCAGCGUAUGCUGCUGGCUCUAGCAGCAGCAGCAGCAAGACAGCAGCAGCAGCAGCGCCACGCAGCAGCAAUCCUUGACGGCCAAAUUUCUGUGCAGCAAAAUGAAAUGGAUAUAAUACGCAUGCAAAUGCAGAAUAUGCGAGCAGCACUGGAGAGCUGCAGAGCAGCAGCAGCAGCAGAGAGAGAGGAGUUCUUACGUCUUGCUGCUGAGCUUCGUAUGCAACGAUACACCACCAGCAGCAGCAGCAGCAGCAGCAGCAGCAGCAGCAGCAGCAGGUACUCGCUCUCCGCUAGACAGAGACUCAUGCUGCUGCUGCAGCAGCAGCUGCAGCACUACAACUCUAUGGCUGCUAAAGCAGAGAUGCAGCGGCAGAGAAGCGAUGAGUUGCUGCUGCAGCAGCAGCAAGCUUCAGCAGAAGCUGCUGCUAGUCUGCAACAGGAGCAGCAGCAGCAGCAGCAGCAGCUGCAGGCAAAAUACUCCGUGCUGAUGAGCAGAGAGAUGCAGCAGCAGCAGCAGGUGGGGCGGUCCCUUGCGGAGACAGAAGAAAGGGUUGAGGCCCUGAGGAUAAAGGAGCAGCAGCUGAGGUACGAAGCAGAGCAGCAGCAGCAGCAGUAUCUGCAGCAGCAGCAGCAGCUGAUGGAGCAGCAGCAGCAUGAACGCCUUGCUGCACUGGAGGCAGAACGGCAGCAGCAGCAGCAGCAGCAGCAGCAGCUGAUAGAGGAAUAUCAGCAGCAGAUGGGGGAACUGCAAACCCUAAAGGAGCAGCAGCAGCAAGAGCAGCAGCAACUCGAAGAAGCACUUGAGCAGCAGCGGCAGCUGCUGCAGCAGGAGCAGCAGCAGCUAGAAGAGGCCCACAGACAGCAGCAAGAGGCUCUGCAGCAGGAGAUGCAGCAGCAGCAGGAGCUGCGGCAGCAGCUGCUGGAGGAGCAUCAGCGGCAGCAGGAGCUGCUGCAGUUGCAGAGAGAAGAGCUAGAGAAACAGAAGCAGCAGCUGCUGCAGGAGGAGCAGCAGCGAGCAGCAGAAUACGAAAGACAGACAGAACAGCUGCAGCAGGCUCAGCAGCAGAUGGAGCAGCAUGAGUUUGAAGUGCAGCAGCAGCGGGAGGAGCUGCUGCGGCUGCAGCAGCAAAUGCAGCAGCAGCAGCAACUGGCGCUGCAGCAGCACGAAGGAGAUACAAAGCAGCACGAGACGCAGCUGCAGCCAAGUGAGCAGCAACUGCAGCAGCAACUGCUGCAGCAGCAGCUGCUGCAGCAGCAGCAACAACUGCUGCAGCAACGGCAGCAGGAGCAAGCAGAGCUAGAACAGCUGAAGCAGAAACUACUGGAGGAGCAGAUGCGCUCUUCGCAGCUGCAGCAGCUGCAGCUGGAGCAGCAGCAGCAGCAGCAGCUACAGCAGCAGCAGCUUCAGCAGCAGCUGCAGCAGCAGCUGCAGCAGCAGCAACUGGAAGAGCAGCAGGGGCAGCAGCUGCUGCAGCUGCAUGAGGAUCAACAGAAACAGCAGCAAGCAGAGCCUGUCUCUGCCCCCGCAGGAAUGCAGCAGCUAGACGCAUUGGUUGCUGCUGUGCGUCAGCAGCAGCAGCAGCUGCAGCAGCAGCAACAGCAGCUGCAGCAGCAGCAGCAGCAGCAAGCGGAUCAGCAAGCUGCUGCACCCCGUCCCCCGUCUCCUGCCCUCACCAAGGAGGAGCAGCUGCAGCGCAUUGAGCUGCUUGAGGAGGAGCUGCGUAUGAAGCAGCAAGCAGAGAUAGAAGAAGCAAAGAGGGGAUAUAAGAGAGAGUUGCUGCAGCAGCAAACGCAUGCAGUGCUGCAGCAGCCGCACGAACACCAAGCGGGGCUGCUUCCUGCUGCUCUGUCUCCCCCUACUGCUGCACCUGUCUCUUCUCUGUCUCCUCUCAGGGCCCCACAACAUAUAUACUCUUCUUUGUAUGAGCCUAGAGAAGCAGCAGAACGAGAGCACUAUAAGCUACUGAACGAGGAGCUGCAGCGGCGGUGUGUUGAGCUGCAGCAGCAAGUGCUGCAGCUGCAGCAGCAGCAGCAGCAGCAGCUGCAGCAAAGUGGCAAACUGCAGCAAGAACAAAUUGAGUUUGCUUCAGACAAACUAGCAGAGCUAGAGAAAUAUACAAAGGCCCUGGAGCAGCAGAAUAAAGAGUUGCUGCAGACAGCAGAAGCAGCACUGCAGCAGCAAAGACAAGAGCAUGAAGCGGAGCUGCAGCAGCUGCAGCAGCAGCAGCAGGGGAAGCAGCAAGAACUAAAGCAGCAGAUGCAGCAGCAAACACAGCAGCACGAGCAGCAGAUACUACAAGAAAGAGAAAUGCUUGCUUCUUUCUUUAAGGCAGAAUAUAAUAAAGUAAUAGGGGAAGCAGAGGAGCAGCAGCAGCAGCUGCAGCGUACACAGAGCCUGCUGGAGGAGGCACGAGUGCAGCAGCAGGGUGUACAUACACUGCAGCAAAAGACAGAAGAAGCGCAGCAAGAAGCAAGAAGGUUUGCUGCUGAGUAUCGUGCUGCUGUGCAAGAGAAGGAGACAGCUGUUGCUGCUGUGCAGCAGAUGAAAGCACUAAAAGCUGCAGCAGAAGAGGAGACAGAGAGACUGCAGCGGGAGAGUGAGGAGCUAAGAAGACAGCAGCAGCAGCAGCAGCAGCAACUGCAGCAGGAGAAGGAAGCACUGCAGCAGCAGCUGCAGCAGGAGAAGCAGAAACUGCAGCAAGAGGUGCUUCAAGCGCAGCAGCAACUAGCAGCAGAAAGAGAAGAGAUGAAGCUGCUGCUGCAGCAAGAGAGAGAUAGUAUAGAGCAGCAAAAAGAGAAAGAGAAGCAGCAACAAACAAGAGAAAAAGAUAAAAACGAAAGAACACAUAAAGCACUUAUAAAGAAAAUAGAGGAAAAAGAAAACGAAUCAAUUAUAAUAAAACAAAAAGCAGAAGCAGCAGAGUUUGAGAGAAAGGUGCUAGCAGCAAGAUCCCUAGAAGAGCAGCUAGCUGAGGAGAGACAGAAAAGGAGACAGCUGGAGAGGUUUAGGGGUUCUCUGCUGCAGCGGCUAGAACAGCUGGGGCAAGAAGCACAAGACCUAGAUAGAAGACUGAGUGAAAUAACUACAAAAUACGAAACAGCAAAAGCAGGGAGAGACGCAGCACUGGCGCAGCAGGAUAUAUUAGAGGAGGAGACAAAGCGGUGUAAGCAGCAGCAGCAGCAGUUGCUUCGUGAAGCAGAAGAAACACAGCAGCAGCUGCUGCUGCUGCAGCAGCAACUGCAACAAAAAAAUAAACAACUCGAAACAGCACGCAGCAUGCAGGAAAAAACAGCAGAACAACUCAAAGCAGCCAACACAGAUAUACAAAAAAAAAAACAAAAUAUUAUAAACACUAACGACAAGUGUAGGUCUCUGCAGGAGGCCCUAGAAGCAGCAGCAGCAGAAGCAGAAAACAAAAAACAACAAGCUGCAGCAUACCAGAAACGACUGCAGCAGCAGGAGCAGACGAUAGCUGAGCUGCAGGCUGAGGUGGAGGGGCUAGAAAGGAGACAGCAGACGGCGCAGCAGCAGACAAAGGCUCUUGCUGCUGCGCAUGCAGAGACAGCGCUGCUGCAGGAGGAGACAGCAGCACUUCGUGCUGCACUAGCUGAAGCAAGAACACAACAAAGAGCAGCAGAAGCACAGCUAGCAGCAAAAGGAAUUGAAAUAGAACACAUGCAAAGACAUACUGAAACUACCAAAUCUGAGGCAAUGGAGACAGAGCUGCUGAGAGAAGAGGGGCGGGUGGUGUCGCAGCGGCUGCUGCAUGCAGAGGCAUUGGUGGAUGAGCUGCGGGUUGCAGCAGCAGCAGAGCGAGAGAAAGCAGCAGCAGCAGCAGCAGCAGCAGCAGCAGCACAAGCUGCUGCUGCUGCUGCUGAAGAAAGAAAUAAAAUACUAGCAGAAAGAAUACAAAUGCUUGAGGCUGACCGCAGCAGAAUGGAGGCGCAGCUCGCCCACAGAACGCAGACAGCACAGGAGGCCAGUGCAGAAGCAGCAGCAGCGCUGCAGUCGCUGCGGGAGGCCUUCUCAGAGUUCAGCAGAGAGAAAGAACAAAUGAAGCAAAUGUUGGAGUCGAUCAGCAGCAGCAAGCACGAGCUUCGUGCUGCUGCUGCUGCUGCUGCUGCUCCUGCUGCUGCUGCAGCAGAUGCUGCAGUCUCUGCACAGGUGCAGCAGCUCAGCCAACAGCUAGCAGAGCUCUCCAGACAGCAGCACCUGCAACAGCUGCAGCAGCUGCAGCAGCAGCAGCAGCAACAGCAGCCCCUCACGUCUACAGGGGCAGCACCAGGUGCAGCAGCAGCAGGCAGCAGCAGCAGCAGCAGCAACAGCGAAGCAAUGCAAAUCAUAAAGCAGCUCGUUGAGCUCCUCUCAGCUCCUAAGGAGCAGCAGCAGCUGCACCCGCCAGUAUCCCCCUUCGCAGCAGCAGCAGCAGCACCAGCAGCAGCAGCAGCAGCAGCAGCAGCAGCAGCAGCAGCACUGCCGUACAGAGGAGACAGUAAACGCUAUAUGCAGCCUUUGUGA